AGUGAGUAAAUAAUUAUGGAUUUGUAUAUAAAUUUCCAUUAUGGAACAUUUAAAUGUAAAGUUACUCAUAAAUCACUAUGAUUGUGAGUCAAAGGUCGUAGUCGAGGAGUUUCCAAAAAACUCAACGAUUGCGCUCAUAAAGGAGAAAUUACUCGAAAAGGAGACGAUCAAGGAAUGUACCAUACGGAUCAUAUAUCGCGGUAUGCUUCUCAGAGACGGCAAGGUGUUGGAAGAACUGCCCGGAUUUAGCACGAAUGAGACGCUCAUCCUCACGGUUUUCAUCACCAAACCGACCAGGGUACACACGGAGACUAUUGUAACAGAACGCAACGACAUUUGGAAGUGGAGCACCUUUUCAUGGAUUGCAAUUAUAGCUACACUUUGGUGCUACAAAUUCAAGUUCAACGAUUCCUUCAAGAAUUUUUCAGUGCUUGUACUAUACUUGGCCACAAUCAUGUGCAUACAUACAGUCUUUGCAAGAUUUGUAAAUUACGGCAGAGACACUAGUAGUGCCGUUGGUACUAAUUUAUGACAAACUGCUCGAGGAAGCCAUGUAGGCGUUUAGUCUUGAGAAGCUUGAAAUUUUCAGCAACCUAU